GUGCGCGCGUGUUCACGUGACCGUAAGUGCGCCUCGGAGGGAAGAAGACGCCACCACUGCAGCGCUUUGUUGACUCUUUCCAGUAGACUUUGGAACGCAAAGUUCAUAUUUGACAACUAAACGGGAUGUUUUCGCUCGGGGAGGCGAUGGAGUUUCUUAUUGGAAACGCCUUUUCAACACCUGUGGGUCAGAGAAUCGAGCGAGCGACCAGUGGCGUUCUGCAGUCAGAGGACUGGGGGCUCAACAUGGAGAUUUGUGACAUCAUAAAUGAGACGGAUGAAGGUUGUCUUUUCAGACCAAGAGAUGCAGUCAAAGCCAUUAAGAAGAGAAUUGUGGGUAACAAGAACUUCAGAGAAAUCAUGUUGGCCCUUACAGUUCUUGAGUCAUGUGUGAAGAACUGUGGCCACCGCUUCCACGUUCUUGUGGCGUCACAGGACUUUGUCGAAGGCGUUUUGGUGCGUGCCAUUUUGCCCAAAUUUAACCCGCCCACUGCUCUGCAUGACAGGGUGCUCAGUCUCAUACAGUCAUGGUCUGAUGCCUUUCGUACGUCGCCCUCCCUCGCGGGGGUGGUGUAUGUUUACGAUGACCUAAGGAGACGAGGUUUGGAGUUUCCCAUGACAGACUUGGAUGCGCUGUCGCCCAUUCACACUCCCAGCAGGACAGUCUCAGAAAUGGAGACACCUGAUACGACGGAUGUGUCUCCAAGUCAGUCACAACCACAAUCUCCUUCCAGUUGUCUCAGUCAAAAUACUUCACCUGUAUCUCAGCCCAUUGAGCAACCAAACACUCUCUCUGCAGAGCAGAAAGAAAAGCUGCAAAAAGAGGUGGCGCUGGUCAAGGGAAACCUUACUGUGAUGUCCGAAAUGCUGAAUGACCUUAAACCCGGACAGAGCCCGCUGGAUGAUACAGAACUGCUACAGCAACUGUACUCAGUGUGUAAGAACAUGCAGACUCGAGUGGUGGAGCUCAUCCCUCAAUUGCAGGAUGAAGGACUCAUUGAGGAGCUUCUCGUGGUUAAUGAUGACCUCAACAAUGCUUUCAUUCGUUAUGAGAGGUUUGACAGACUAAACAAGGCACAAACUACAAAUGGCGAACAACAGAGUUCUGUCAGCAGCCCAAACCUCAUAGACUUUAUCCCGGAGCCUUCAACGCUGGGCCAGCCUGCCGUCAUCACAGCAACCAGCCAACCCGAAGCCAACACACGAGCCAGUCACACUCAGUCGGUCAACCACAAAGAGGAGGAAGAGUUUGACAUGUUUGCCCAAACCCGAGACAGUUCCUUAGCAGAGCAGAGAAAAAGCGUCAGGUAUGAGGAUCCAGGAGCUGUGGAGGGCCUUGCUGGGGCGCUGGACUCAAGGUUGCAGGUCACAGGAAGUAUGGUGCAAGUGAAAAACACACUGCAGAACAAUGUGGAUAAAUGGCUAUCUUCUGAUAUGCAAGACCAGUGUGCUGUCAGUGAGGGAGUCUCCAGUGAAGAGUUUGACCAGUUUUUGGAGGAUCGGGCAACAGACCAGCGUAAUCGUACGACUUGUGGCACAUUGCCCUCCACCUCUAGACUGCCGGCGCAAUCGGCAAAGCAACAGGACAGAUCACAUGACCAGCUUUUUUCACUCUAGAUUUUGGAGGCAAGCCUUUGUCAUCAAACUGAGAAACAGUUUAGAGAAACCGUGUCCUCUGCAGUGGACAUUUGUCUUCAUUGUAUUUCUUUUGUUGGAAAAAAAUACAGUUUUGCACAUCCACUGCAAAGGGCGCUGGUUUUCAGUAGUGUAUACCCUACAUCACAUACAUUUUGAUUUCACCAAGCAGUACAGUUCAUUUCAGCUUGUCACAAUAUCAGACCUGCGAACAUGUUCUUAUUUUUCAUACUCUGCACGUAUAUUGAUCCUGGACUACACCUUGCUGCUAUUGCACACAUCUGCUACACCAAUUCGAUCCUACCCCUAAAACCCUCUUGCUUAGCGGGAACACGCGCUCCCCAAGAAACCUAACCUUGUGAUUGCUCGGCUAAUAGAACAGUAUUUCCUGUGUGUAUACGACUUGUUUGUUUCGGAUCAACAUUUACAAUGACUAUUUAACUGUAUCGAUUAGUUCCAGCUGCAAUAACACUCCCAGUUUCUCCUUAAUUAGUCCAUGUCUGCGAACGCCCACUCCGAUUCCGGAUCAACAUUUUCAAUGAAAAUGACUAUUCUACUGCAUCAAUUAGUUCCAGUUGCAAUAACACUCCCAUUAUCUCUUUAAUUAGCCCAUCUUUGCAAACGUCAUCUCAGAUUUUUGAUCAACAUUUGCAAUGGUUAUUCUACUGCAUCAAUUAGUCACAGCUGCAAUAAUACUGCAAGUCUCUCUUUAAUUACAAAUGUUGGCUUGCAACAUAAGAUGCUAACAAGCUAAAUAUUUGACGAGAGUUGUGUUGCACACAGAAUUGACGUUGCGACAUCAUGCACUCAACCUUGAAUACACGCUUUAAAACCCACCUAGAUUAGAUAUAAGCUGCACCUACUUAAUUUUUGGACACAUUUUAUUUUAUACAAGUCUAUUAGCCACAGGAGUGGACAUUAAAACAUGAAAUAUUUACACAGGCGCUUGUGUUCAUUCCCAAAUGUAACAAAAGACAGUUCCUGUAAUGGCGUAAAGUACCUUGCUGUCUUUGUCCGUGUCCACCUGUUUUUCCGUGUUAGAGCUGCUGAAGUCACCGUCUUUGGUGUCAGAGUUGAGGGGACUUUGGGUUGCAUUGUCAGGUGCUUUCUCUGCCUCGUUUUCGCUUUCACUUUUGUCUUGAGGCGGGUUGCCUGAAGGCUUGUACCUUCUUCGGCAUGCAGUGGUUGGUGGUAGUGUAUUACAUUGCGGCAGCCGCUUCCUUUUUUGAUGGCCAGGUCGGUCGCUUUCAGCUUUGGGGCUGUGUCUUGCGCAUUUUGCCGAGUCUUAUUGACGGUAAGUGCAUAACGCGCUAAAUGUCUUACUGAGUGAUCAAGUGUUUGGUAAUUUCGUUGGUCUGAUGUGACAAGGCUAAAUUUAUUGGUGGACGUUUGAAGCUUGUCAACCCGGCAAAAUCGGGAUAUUAGCCGCAGCAUUGUAUAAAGCACAGUGUUCAAAGCUUGGGAAAAAAGUAGCGGCUUACUAUAUAGUCUUGAUAUUACGAUAUUUCACUGAUAGGUUCUACAUAAACAGAGGUAUGGAAAAUCAGAACAUGCCCAAUGGGAUAUUGUCUGGUGACGAUGCAUUUCUAGUUUUGAUACACUUUAGACAUUGGAAAUGCCAAAAAUGAAAACCAUACUAAUGUGAUGUGAACUGUAUUGCUUGGGAGGCAUCUAUACGCUUACAGUAAGACCUGCACUACACCACUGAUAACUCUGCUGUUUAUUAUUUACCUUAUGUGCAUGAAAAAAUGUACAUGGCUGUAUUUAUGGAUUGCAUUAUUAUAAUAUUGAUUUAAUUGUUAGUGUUUCCAGAUUGUUUGAAAUAGUUUAUCACCAUUGUUUGCCUUUGGAUCUAUACUGUAGUUUUUAUACAGGCAAAAUAAAUGGGUCAGUGUG